AUGGGGGAGUGCGGGGUGGCGGCCGGCGCCCAGCUGCUGCUCCGCGCCUGCGACCAAGGCGACUGCGAGGGCGCCCGGCGGCUGCUGCUGGGCCCGCCGGCGGCCUCCGGGGCUGGCGAUGAAGCGGCGGCGGAGCCCGGCAGCUGCGCCGCCGCGCCCGGCGGGUCUGGAGCUGCUGCGUCGGGCCUGCCGCCGGGCUCGGUGCCCGUGGACUGCGCCGACGAGGCCGGCAACACGGGGCUGCAGUUCGCGGCGGCCGGCGGCCACGAGGAGCUGGUGGGCUUCCUGCUGCGGAGGGGAGCCUCGGUCCAGAGCCGCAACCACUGCGGCUGGAGCCCGCUCAUGCAGGCGGCCAGGUCAGGGCGAGAGCAAAGCCAGGCCGGGGUCUUGGGCAACGUCGGGAUGCGAGGGAAGAUGCUGGCCGGGUUUCCCGACCCUUGUGAACAUAGGUCCCAACUCCCUGGGUGUCCCAGCACCCACAAAAUACCCCAGUGAUGGGGCUGGGCACCCCCAGAUUUUGGUGCCAGGGCCUUGCACGUUGCAUGGCAGGGUCAAACUGGCACUCCUGCUUGGGUGCAUCGUGUGGGUUAGAAGAAUCAUAGAACUGUAUGGAAGGGGCAUGAGGGUCAUCUAGUCCAACCACCUGCUGUCGGCAUCCUUCUGGCUCGAAAGACAGCGGAAUUCACCUCCGAAAGUGAAAUCAAAACUGCUGUGUUCCCAACACCAAAGUGACCUCCCUGAGGCGUAAGCCUAGGUAAUGUGUAUGGAGGUCCUGGAUGGGCCAGACAACAGGACCCUCCUCUUGGCCUCGCUGAUGCCAAAGGGAUGAAGAAAAGCAGAGCAGUACGUUUGGCACCAGCGUGGCUGCAGGAGUUUGCCAGAAGGAGGUGUACAACUCGCCAUCCGACCGUCUUAGGGACUCUGAUCUGGAUUUGUGUAAUGUUUAGCACUUAGCCUUUCCUUUUCCAGAAUAUGUCCCGCAAGGCAGCGGAGGUUUAGGAUCAGAGAAUCGGAGAAUUGCAGAGUUAGAAGGGACCACAAGGGUCAUCUGGUCCAACCCCCUGAAAAAAUUGUAAGUGCAGGCCAUAACGAGAGGUUUGCCUCACUUAAGAGGUCAGAAGGAGAUUUGAACUGAGCAAUUAUCUGCUCAAAUCCCAUUCUCUGACUAUGACACCACACUGUUUCUCUGCAUUGUUAAGGCAAGAGUGCCUUAAAUCCAAACAAUGCAGUUUCAUCCUACUGGGUAUCAUAACGUUUUCUCUCUCUCGUUAUUCCCCCCAAUCAAAGGUUUGGACAUCUGACUGUGGCUCGCAUCUUGCUAGAAAACGGCGCUGACCUUAAUGCACAGAACAAACUGGGAGCCAGCGUACUUACAAUGGCUUCUAGGGGUGGUCAUGUCAGUGUGGUGAAGUUGUUGCUGGAAUCGGGCGCUUACGUUGAUAAUUAUGACCACUUGAGUACUAGCUGGGAUAACAACAAAGAGGAAUUGCCAGCCAUCACCCCCCUUAUGGCAGCUGUCCAGCACGGGCAUGAGGCAGUGGUCCAUCUUCUGUUGGACUGGGGAGCGGAUUGUAAUUAUACCGUGAAAACUAUGGGUUGGACUCCCCUAAUGUUGGCGGCUGUUAGUGGAAGAGUGAGCUUGGCUCAGCAGCUUAUGAACAAAGGAGCCAAUCCCGAUCAUCUGAACACACUGCAUAAAACACCAUAUGAAAUAUCUGUUGACUUCAAACAUGAAGAUAUGAUGGAUUAUUUGGCACCUUUAACAACAGUUAGACCUCAAACAGGUAUGAGCUGCUUUGCAGUUAUGGGUCUCGCCAUAGUUAUUUUCCUGAUUGGGAAACUCCCUGAUUACAAAAAAAGGAAAAACAAGGAUGAUUUUCUUGGCAGGACUGAUGGCUGAUAGCAAAGAGGGGGUCUCUUAGGUCUUGUCCUUAUGGCCAUAUUAUGCCCACUAAUAAUGUCAGGAGAGAGGUGUUUAGCUCUCAAGACAUUGUAAUGCAAGGGGUAAGCAGUCAGUUCAAAUAAUAAAGUUGUUUAUAAAGAGGAAUACUAGCGGCCCAGUUUCUCAGGCUCACAAGAAACCUUGGCUUCUCUUUAUGGGACCAUCUACUGAUCCUGUGUGAUACAUAAUUUGUUAUUCCUAAUAGAAAACAAAGAAGAUUCUGGUUGUCAACCUUUUUGUACCAGCUGAAUACCUUUGUAUUCUCCCUGGACUUUCAGAACUAUGUUUCGGUCCUUGGAACAGAUUAUUGCUGCCAGUUUUUAAAUGCUGUUAUGCAAUGUAUUGUAUAGGCAAUACAUUGACUUGAUUGAUUCUUAAUAUUUUAGAUGCUUUAAUGUUUUAGUUGUUGGAAUUUUGUGCAAACUGCCCAGAGGACAUUGUUGAUUGGAUAGCCAGCAAAUAUUAAUUGAUUAUUUGAAUUAAUCAAUUCAUUUGAAGUAUGUUUACAUGAUGUACAAUCAACUAGAUAGUUAUUUUCCUUUUGUAGAAGUGACCACAGUUUUUGUACACAAUGUGCUUAUUCAUGAGGGGACUUUGUCACUCACUAUAAUGGAGGGAGCCAUUUUAUGAUCAGUUGAGUCCCCUUCCUUAAAAUAUAUGAUGAUGCUUCUGGAAAAAGGGAAGCGCCAUGUGAGCUUCAGAGCUCCCACACUUGCAAGGAAUUGCUGGAUCGGAGGACUUGGGCACGGAGUUUAUUUAAGUUCAUAACUGAUGGACUUAAAUUGUUGCUUUCAACUUCCAGUCUUUGCUUUUAUUUCAUUUCCUUUUUGUUCUUUUCUGUAUUUUAGCAACCUGUUUCUUUUCAAAAUCCUCAUACUCUUUUUUUUUUUAACCCAACUUAUUUCCAUGGCAGAAGAACUUGAGAAUUUCUUGAAUGAACUUUAACGGAGGGCGUAGUAGUAUUAUGCCAAGGGAGUAGUUGUCCUGGGACUGCAUCUGUAGGAAUGUACAUAAGCAGUAAACAAUAUAUGAUUCGAUCCAAACCGUGAUGUAAGGAAAGAGCAGAACUUUGCAUGCAAAAUGUACCAGGUUAAACCUGUGACAUUGCCAUGUAAGGCUUGAAAAGACAUCUGUCUAAAACCCUGGACAGCAACUGUUAGCCAGUGUGACAACACUGAGCAAGAUGUGUGUCAUUCACCAUAGUGCAGCUUCUUGUGUUUCUGACAGCAGAAUCUGGACAACAGACUUAAGGUGGAGAAAAACUGUACCAACCUGAUUUAUGUAGAGUAGCCUUUCCAAAGCUGGUACUCUGCAGAUGGUUUAGAUUCUAACUCUCAUCAUCCUUUACAGUUAGCCAGGCUGGCUGAGGGGUGUGUGUGUUGGAGCCCAAAACAUCUGGGGGGCAGUAGUUUGGGAAAGACUGGUGAUGUAAAUAAUCAAAUCUUACCAUACAGUAAGCACCACCCUCCACCUUUUUCUCCUCCCUCCUUCAGAAGGGUGCUGGUUGCCAAUAUAUUUUUAACCUCUUACUUCUUUUUCUCUUCCAGCUAGCUCUUUCAUUCUUUCCAUCUCUACCAUCAGAAUUUCUGCCUUCUUCAAUACUGGUAUUUCCUCUCCUUUUCUCCUGUCUUUUCCCUGAUCCAGCAAGUCUGACGUCUCACGGGCUUCAUUAGUACAAAAGAUGACUCUCAGGAGUAUAGGACCCAAGUUCUACGUGGGCUGCAGGCUUGCUGUGCUGGUUUCUGGUAAGGCUUGUUAUGCCUUGGGAAAAGGCACAUCACUACUAAAUUCAGACUCUGUACCCUGCCAUAGAGCAUCCACACCCCUUUGAGUCCUUGUUGGCCUAGACCCACAAAUUGCUCUGGGACAGGCUGCAUAUAGGAUGCUGCCAUACGCAAGGCUGCAGUGGUGGGGGAGCUGAGACUGGAGUCAGCCUUACAGCUCCUCCCAAGCCUUCUGUACUUAGUAGAGUUGGGGACAGGAUUAUAGGAGAAAGGAGCUGGCUAAAAUGGGUGCUCAGGCCUCCUGGGACCUCAACACUUAGAUGGAGGUGGCCAGAGCAUGCCAUUCUGCUGGAUCCUCCCUCCCCGCCUGCCUGCCUCACAACAUACAGCUUGAGGGUGUUUGUACACUCAGGGUGCACUGAAUGAUCCAGUAUAGCCUGGCAUGGCAUCUAGAAUGUACAAACAUACCUGUGCUAUUUCCCCUGGCAUGCAAAGGGCUGAAUCAUGUCCUAAGGUUCUGUUGUUCAAGGCUACAAAUAUCUGUCUGGGGAGACAGUGAGGAGUGUGCCUGUGCGGAUGGGGUUAAACCGUUGGAAAGUUACAGUGCCUGCUGUGGCUCUAAAGACCGAUGCAGGAGAGACAUGUUUUGUUGCAGCUGGGGCAGAUAAAGGCAUCCAGUUGUGCUGCUGCAGAUGCUUAAAGAAGCAUCUCUUCUUUCUGGGUUCCUCCCAGCAAUCAUUCCUCCACCAGUCACUGCUAUACUGUAGAUGCACGACCUGACUGCCUGUCUCCAGGCACAUGCCAGGGGAAAUAGCACAUGGCACGGUUGAUGCUCCUACUAGUCACUGAGGCAGGAAUGUGAACAUGCUGGGAAUGUGGAUUUGGGAGAGUGCAUCUUUGUUUGAGACUCUGUCCUGCCAUGGGAUGCCUAAAAUCUUGUGGAAGGCAUUGAGGUUUCACUCCUGGCGGGUGUAAGUUGCCUGUGACUUCCUUCCAUAAAGCAGCGUGCUCAGCAUGCAAGUCUGGUAGGCCUUCAUCUUGAUAUUGGACAUUAGCAUCCCAUUCUCCCAUACCCUUUUGGAGAGAGGCAAGCCAUUGCUGUAGCUGCAAUGCCAAUAAUACGCAGCUGUCACUAUUUGAUAGCUGCAUAUUAUUAAUUUUCUUCUUCUUGUGACUUUUCACCUUAUGUUUUGGGAAAUGGUACCCCAGUGCUCCUUUGGGUCAAACAAAAAUCGCAACAGCUUUUCACACAGCAAACAAUCACAGCCCCAAGAGACCAGGGGCGAGAGGUACCUCAACAAACCUUCUGGCUUCAGAGAUGAGCAACACAGCAUCACUAUCCCAAGUAUUUUCUCAUUACUUUGGGUUGUUGUUUUUUUAAUCAUUUAUAAAUCAAAACACAAAUUUUGAAGUCAAACGAUUUACAGUGGUACCUCGGGUUAAGUACUUAAUUCGUUCCGGAGGUCCGUACUUAACCUGAAACUGUUCUUAACCUGAAGCACCACUUUAGCUAAUGGGGCCUCCUGCUGCUGCCGUGCCGCCGGAGCACGAUUUCUGUUCUCAUCCUGAAGCAAAGUUCUUAACCUGAAGCACUAUUUCCGGGUUAGCGGAGUCUGUAACCUGAAGCGUAUGUAACCUGAAGCGUAUGUAACCCAAGGUACCUCUGUACUUAAAAUACAUUGUGUUAUUUGCUGUUGUAGCAUCAGCUGCAGUUGUUCUAUAAACUUUAUACUUUUCUCCCCACCCCCAGAUAAACAGAAGAGGCAACCAGAUAUCUUCCAUGCCUUGAAAAUGGGUAAGGUCCUUAAAAAUAUUCUAACACAUCUGAUGUAUUCCUGGGUAUAGUAACUAGAGGCAUUCUAGUAGGAAAGAGCCCAAAGGUUUGGCUAUUUCAAAUGACUGCUCAUAUUGCUGUAGCUCAGUGGACCUCUUUCAGGUGCACGAAGCAGCUUAGUUCAGUCUCACCCAUACAGUUAGAAUUAAUCCCUUCGGCACUUAAAAAAUAAACCUUUUAACUUCCUGAGCUCUUCCUUUGUUAACCAUGCUAACCAUCUCCACAGGGAAUUUUCAGCUGGUUAAAGAGAUUACAGACGAAGACCCUGCACAAGCCAACGUAAUUAAUGACGAUGGUGCUUCUCCACUGAUGAUUGCAGCUGUAACUGGACAGUUGCCUCUUGUACAGCUGCUUGUUUCACGAAACGUGGAUAUUGACAAGCAAGAUACUAUGCAUGGCUGGACAGCACUUAUGCAGGCCACAUAUCAUGGGUAAAUAUCUUUCUCCCACCCCCGCCCCUCCCAGUGUGGAGUAUGAUAAGUCUUGUUACCAUUGCCAAGGAGGUGUAUUUGCGUUCUGGCUUUUUGUUUCCUGCCCAUGUUUAGGUAUAAUAUUACAGCCCCUGAAAAUGACUAGGAGUAGGUGGGCCAAGAACUGGGGGUGUUUUCCUGUCCCACCUACCUAUGGCCGUGCAUUGGACAUAACAUUAUUAUUACAUUUGAAAGCAUGUAGGCAGGAACUGUAAGGUUGUGAUGGCAUGGGGAAAUGAAGGUUAGCCAGCCAUCCAACCCUUCCUCAUCCCUGCCACCCAAUGGAUAUAUUUUCUCUCUCUGUCUGCCUCUCAGCCCUUUUAACAUUUUGGACUUUUACUAACCCAACCUAUCGUUCUUAUGUGGGGAGCAGAGUGUUAGGGCAUCUGCUUGUGGGGUGAUUAACAGGGCCUCAAACCAGUUUCUCCCCCCAAAACAAACAAUGCUUUUACUUAAAGUUUUAGCAAGAUAGCAUGUUACUAGUUUUAGACAAAACGGUUUUAGGAAGAGAAAAUAUUAUAACUGUUUAGGUAGUCACCCAUAAGAGCAAAUCAAUUUAACCAACAGUUAAUUUUAGACACUUUCCCUAGCAAAGCCAAUGUUUAUCAGCUUGCAUCAUUCCUGACCAUUGGUCAUGCUGCCUGAGCCUGAUGGGCUUUGGAGUCCAACAAUUUUGGGAGGGCUAUAGAUGUUCCAUCUCUGGUUUAGGCCAUGUCAAGGUGCAUUGCCUAAAACAAAAAAAUCAUCACUCUGUUUAGUCUUCCUUACUCAAUCUGUUCUUUUCUGCUAGCAACCCUGAUCUUACUUUUGAGAUAAAUAUUUUUAAAGGAACGGAUUGGGGUGAAAUCACGGAGGGUCACUAACUUAUGCCAAUAUUAGGAGUUCUUCACUCUCUUCUCUCUUAUCCUGGUAUAAGCAAUCAGGUACAUGGUACCAGGGUUGUUACCUCCAGAAGAUGGCACUCACAAUGAUCUGUGGGUGAUGCCAGAAAGUUAACAAGAACUGUUGUUGGAAAACUGCAGGUGUAGAUAAGGGUUCUUGUCUCAACCAAACAGUACAGGUACUAGGACAACAAAUCUGGUCCCAAGACAGCAAUGUUUGGAUACUGAGUGUGUUGCAAAAAUACCUAAAAUCCUGGUGACAACUCUUGAGCUGAAUUGCAAACCAAUCAGGGCUAGAUCAGUUGUUAAGUAGCUGGGCCAUAUAAGGUGGCCUUCGCACAGGAAACAGUUGUUAAUAGAACGCACGCAAAUGUUUAGGAGAAAUUAGAGGGAAGAGGCAGACAGGCAAUUCUCCGAUCUUUCUAGUACCCUCUUCUAACCGAGCCGUGUAUAUAUAUAUAUAUAUAUGUAACUUAUCUUCUGUUUUCUUUGAAGAAAUAAAGAAGUUGUUAAGUAUUUAUUAAAUCAAGGAGCUGAUGUCAACCUGCGUGCCAAAAAUGGAUAUACAGCCUUUGACCUGAUAAUGCUGCUGAACGAUCCAGGUACUUCUUUUUCUAUUGGAGUAUCCUUCUUGGAGUCUUGCAGCAAAAACAACAGAGAGUCUUUUGGGUGGAGUACUUCCCAUAAGAUAAGAACCUGAUUUUUUUGCUGAUGCACUUGUGGUGUUGAUAAUUCUUUGCAGGAAAUUUGUGUGUGAUUUUUUUUCAGAUGCGGAACUCGUGCGGUUGCUAGCCUCAGCCUGCAUGCAAGUUGAUAAAGAAAAGAGCAAGCAGAACAACAAAUCAGCUGUGACUUCUUCAAGAAAUAAGCAAACUGUAGAUAUCCCAGUGUUGCCUGAUGACAAGGGAGGACUGAGGGUAUGCAGAUUUUGUUUAUUUCAGUAAGGCAUUGUUUUCAGCUGGGAGAAUCUGGCAGCUUACUUUUGCCCAUUGUGGAAAUUUGUUCAAUGAGAAAUCUGUUAACCUACUCUCUGCUACACGGUAGCACCACAACUGAGUGUGGCCAAAGAUCAGGUCCCACAAAGUGCCAGUUGGGUUCCACCUGCUCCUAUAAAGCUGCAACUCUGGUGAAGCUCCUCAUCCUGAACAAUUUGUUAACAUGUAGAUGAAACCACCCUAGAACUGAUGACUGUCACAAGUGCUUCCUGAACAAUGUUCUGCUGCCAUACCAUUGUGGUUAUUCAUUGUUCUUGGCUUCUAGGGAAAGUCUCCUCUUCUUCUUCAUGAGCGCUAGUCCAAGGAAGGGACUCUGCAACAAACUCUUGCAUUAGAUUUACACAGCAGGAAAAAGGGAUGUGGAUAUGUCUAGACCUUUUGGAGUUUUGUUUUGUUUUUAAUUUUAAAAAACCAACACCAAUAAAUUCCAGGUCAUUCAGCACAUUAUUUAUCAGUGUUUAAAAUAUAUCAUUAUGCAUAAUUAUUUGUCUUUUAAAAAAACACCCAUAUCAUUAUCUUUUAUUAUCUAGUCAUGGUGGAACAGGAUGUCCAAUAGAUUUCGCAAGCUGAAGUUGACCCAAACUUUAAAUCAUGGAUUCUCCAUCAAUCCAGCUGUACCUUUUCCAGAAGAGUCAGCAUCGCCAUUUGAUUGCACAAUGAAGGCCACGUUACCAAGUGAUAACAGUGUAAAUUAUGAUGCCAUUACAGCUUGGGCAACAAAGAGCAAGGCUAAUGGUAAAGAUUAUUCAACAUUCUUUUCAAACAUAUGUGAAGUUGUCCAAACUAAGGGAAGGUUUUGGAAACUUUUUGUUUUUGCGAAAGCCUGUUAAAAAGAUGUUUUUUGUUUGGUGUCGAGAGACAGGGGUUGAACGUGUAUAUUGACUAUUAAGCUAUCACACUGCCCCAGUUAAUUUGUAAUGGACAACAUGGUUUCUCACUGUGUGAAUGAACUGCAAACAGGGAUGCAUUCUCCUUUUUCACAUCCACAAGUGGCAGAUUAGAAGCUUUUCAUUUCCAGCUAACCAUACUGUAGUUCAACUACUUCCAAAUGCUGGCUUAUUCAGAAAUGCUAAACUUUGCAUGGUUUUGUCAUUAGAUUCAAAAUAGCAUUGUUUAUAUGUGAGGGUUUUUCCCCUAUUCAGGUAUAGGAAGCACAAAGGGAGGAAAGGAUGACAAAUUGCUGACAACAGUGGUAAGUCAGAGUAUUGCUGGUGCUCCAAGUUCUUGGUGUAUUUUCUAGCAACUCUUGCCCUAAAACAGAUUUGAACCAAAAGGAAUCAUGAAUGUCCUUCUCUCUGUUAUUAUUAACAAUUACUUUAUUGUCAGAUAGGUUAUAUAGACCUCGCCCCAAAAAGAAGCCACGGCGCUGAUCAGUAUUCUCUGAGUAUUUUCAUUUUUGUUUAUUUAACAAAAUGUAUAUACCGCUUACUAGAGGAAAAUACCUCUAGGCAGUUUGCAAUAAAGAGUCGAAAACAGUCAUUUAAAAUACCAAGAAGAAAAAAUAUUACAGACAAGUCACAUAAACAUGAAUAUAUAAAAAGAAAUCUGUAAUGAACAAGACACGCUUAUUAAAACCAUGUAUCAAGAUUACAUGUUAAAGUUACACACCUGGGUAGGCUUCCCAGAAGGAAAAAAAAAAUCAGUAGGUGCCGAAAAAUGUACAAUGAAGGCAUCUGUCUAAUUCAAUGGGCAUUAACUUCCAAAAUGGAGGUCCUGCCACCCUAAAGGAUUGGUAAAAGUGAUAAAAUGGUGUUCACUUUCAUUGGUUCUGUGUUUAUGUUGCUGGAUCUACUUAAGUUGAUUAAUACCUAUGUUUAUGGGCAGCAUCUAUAGCUAAGAAUGCAAUCCUAUGCCUGCCUGCUCAGAAGUCAUUUCCAUUGAAUUCAGUGGAAUUUACUUCCAGGUAAAUGGGAUGUUGUGUAGGGGAUUUCAGCCUAAAUUCUAAUUUAUUGGAUGUAAAUGCUUGAUUUAAAGUUUGUUUAUUUCCUCUCCAUUGUCCUUUUGUUGUGAACAAGAGUACACAGAAUUGCCUUCUUUGUGAUAGCCUUAUUUUUCUUGCUAUUUAAAAAAAUCCCUGCUUUCUUUUUUCCUCCACCCCACACCUCCCGCUUAGCUAAGAAGUGGGGCUCCAUUUACAAGGCUGCCUAACGACAAACUGAAAGCUGUCAUUCCACCUUUCUUGCCCCCAUCAAGUUUUGAGCUGUGGAAUUCUGACAGGACGCAACCAAGCAAGGAUGGUAGCAGAGAGCAAACGAGGCUUGGCCUGCCACAUCGGGCAACCAGUCCUGACAAUAAUGGCGGCGGAAGUUCCGACAAAGGAAGAGAAGUAAAAUAAUACCCUACCUGGUUUCAUUUAAUCAUAAAGAGUUGUUCAAACACAUUGUUUUUUUCUCCUUUAAACUAGAGGGCCUGUUGAUGUUUUGUAGUGCGCUUGAGAUUUUUAAAAACAAAAUGCUUUUCUUCGGCUUAAUUAAAUGUAGGGAUUUAGGCUUGCCCGAAUGUACAUGGAAGUGAAAGAGAGUGGGUAAUUCUAUUUUUCAAAUAUUAGUGAUCCGCUUUAGUUAAAGCUGCAUCUCAUUUCUUUUUCUAGGCGUCCUUAAGUAGAGGUACUAGACCCAUUAAACUAUCAGCCUUUGCAAGAAGACCUCCUACUCCCUCCACCUCGAGCAACUUCAACCAUUCCCCCCACUCUUCUGGUGGAUCUAACAGCAUAGCCGGAGUAAGCAGACAUAGUGGAGAAAUGCAUAAUAAAUCAGGUGCUUAUAUUAUAUAUUGAUUCUUAUCUCUUUGCCUGACAAGUUUUUGUUCAGAGCCUGUAAAUGAACGUGAAAUUAUUGUGCACUUAUUUUGUAAUGCCCAUAAACAGAACCAUCAUUACAGUGGUGCCUCGCAAGACGAAAUUAAUCCAUUCCGCGAGUCUCUUCGUCUUGCGAUUUUUUCGUCUUGCGAAGCAUGGCUAUUAGCGGCUUAGCGGCUAUUAACGGCUUAGCGGCUAUUAACGGCUAUUAACGGCUUAGCGGCUUUAAGAAAAAGGAAACAAACUCGCAAGAACUCGCAAGACGUUUCGUCUUGCGAAGCAAGCCCAUAGGGAAAUUCGUCUUGCGGAACGACUCAAAAAACGGAAAACCCUUUCGUCUAGCGAGUUUUUCGUCUUGCGAGGCAUUCGUCUUGUGGGGCGCCACUGUAUCUAAGUGGAUAAGAUCUCUGGUAGAGUUUCUUUGUAUUUAAGAACUUCAGAAUAAGUAGAAGGCCAACUGGUAAAGCUUUCCCCAGAACCUCACCUGAUGAAACUCGUGCUUGUAAAACUUUUCCAUGCCCAUAUCGUUAGACAAAGCUUUACUUGCCAGCUUUGUGCUUGUUUAAAGGUGCACACACACACUUCCCAACCAAAACAGCUGGGCAAUGUCAUUCUGAUCAGGUAGGACUUGAAGACUAAGGAAAGCUGAGAAGUCUCAGAUAUAAUUGCGGAAGGGUGUGGCAGAUAUCAGGUGGCGAGGGAACAUUAUGAGUAGUGAGGCUUCCUAGAUCAUUACACUGCAGCAACUUUUUCCACCUUCUUCAUUCCUGAUCGCUUUUGCCCGAAGCUCUCCCAUCUUUUGUGAUGUAAAACAUAAGCGCUGUUUGCUUCAACAGGUAGGUGGGUGAGGAAGGUGGAUGAUGGGAUCUGGGCCGAGGAAGGGUCAGAACAAGAAAAGCUGUGGUGGCUUCCUUUCCACAGCUGUCAAGCUGUUGAUGAGUGAUGGUGCUUCUACUAGAAUGCUGUCUGUGAGCCCUAACUGCAGAACACGCCUUCAAGGUCUGAACUUGGUCAGAAACUGCAAAAAAACUAAAGGAGGCCAGUGAAUCAGGGAGUAGUGAUAGCACUGUGAAUGUGCUGUACAUACCACCAUGCUUGUUGAAUAAAGUUAUUCAGUUAACUUGAACACAGCAUUUCAAAAAUUACAUGUAUCAGGCUCUUAUUAGCCUCAGUGCCUCUGUCCUUCUCAUCCUCAAAGUAAUUUGAUAUUUAUUUUCUGGUUGUUGUUUUUUAAGAGCUCAGAUUUGAUCACUCUUUAGCAAACUAAGGUUCUUAGUGCUAACAGGAUUGUAGCCAAAACAGAGUCACUGAGAAACAGGAUAGGGGUAACAGCAAGACUUGUAAAAGUACAUUUUAUAAACAAACAAACAAACACUCCCUAAAUACCCCAGUGAAGAUUGAGCAUGCUCAGAGCAUGCACAUGUUGACUAUUAGUGGAAAGGAUGGAAUGGCCUGAUGAAGGAAAGUAUUGGUGGUUGACUGGCCGGAUACCCCGAACCACCUAGUAGGAAUACAUUCUCAUCUUCUUUUGCAGGUCCCUCUUAUAUUGCCUAAUCUCACGUCUCCAAAGCUCUGCAUGUCUGCAUUCUUUUCAAAUCCCAUGCACAGAAUCACGCAAAUGUGAUGACAUCAAUAGAUUCUCAUUAGCUUUAUGAAACAAGCUGUCAGGCUGUUUACAUGAGCUAGCCAGAUGGCAAUAGUAAAAAUAAAAAAACACUGCUUUAAACUGUUGAAUGCCCUAGGAUGACUUUGAGAGGCGAUAGUUGCACAGAAACGUAAAGGGUGAAUAACUUUUACAUGGUAUUUUAUUCAGUACACAUUAUGAACGGUCUCAGACUAACAGUGAAAUCCUAACCGCGCUUACUCAGAAGUAAGUCUUUUCAAAUUCAACAAGGCCUCUGUUCUCAACAUUGAUGACUCAGAAGGCCUCUUGCCUUCUUGUCCUCGCAAUAACAUGAUGUGUCUUUUCUGAUAUAUUGUUAACAAGCUAGUGUGGUGUUGUGGCUAGAGUGUUGGACUUAGAAGACUGGGGUUUAAAUCCCCAUUCACUGACUGACCAGUCAUUGGCUCUCAGCCUAAUCUUCCAUUCCUGCUCUGCUCCACCACUGCCUCCUCUGCCCCCCACAUUGCUUGUCAUUUCACAGGAAGCCCCUCUUGGUUGCAUCACCCUGCCACUCACUGACCUCACUGCCUGCCUGUCUCCUAUGCUUCCUUCACAUUGCACAGUUCAUCAUCAGCAUGAUGACAGACUAGAACAAAUACAGUAUAGACAGAAAACCUCUUCUUCUUUUUAAUGACACUUCCUUUGUAAACAGAUGCUUUUAAUGUUGCUUGAAAAUGUUGAAAUGAGAUUGUUCUCAGUCUAGAAUAAUAAAAUUGCUAUUACAUUCUUGACUUAUGUAAGAUUGGGGUUUGUGUUUUCGUUAGGUGGCAGUGCCGAUAGUGUUUUGUCUCAAAUUGCUGCUCAGAGGAAGAAAGCUGCUGGUAUUCCUGAACAUAAACCAAGCCAACAGCAAGUGCCAAUAGGCCCAGCUCCUUCACCCUGCCCUCCUGACGUGGAAAGUGCACAGACCAUUGGCAAUGGACACAUUUUAAAGGUUUUUGAGUCUUUUAAAUUUCUCGUAGCUUAGAGCUGAAGUAGUGAAGCAUGCUUUACCCAACAGCAGUAAGCAAUGAUCUGGACUGGAAGUAGGGAAAUUCAUGAUGUGACGAUGUCAUUAAAGGGCAGAGUGCUUAGAUAUUACUAGAAGAAGGGGGUAUCUCAACAUGGGAAAUCCACUGUUAUUUCAGGGUCAAGUAUAGAUCUAAAGCUACCCUCUCAGGCAGCUGAUUUACUGGUAAAAAGUUUAGACAGGUCAAAAGCUUUCCAAUGUUAGAAAUGGGGUGUUUUCCAUUCGUAAAUGCAUUGGAUUCACUGAAUUCAAUUUGGCCAACUCCUUGAGAUCCUUAGAGUAAUUUAUAUGGGCGUUUCUGGCACUAGUCCAGAAAGGAAACUGUGUGGGUCAUUAGAGGGAAGUGGCAAGAUGCUUGCGAGACAACAUACAUGCAUGUUGUGGAACAUAACCUCUGCUUUAAAGCACACACAGCUUUUUCUGUGAAAGGUUAUAACCAGAUGUCUUCAUAUUCCAACCGUGUGAAUCACCCCAAUACGCCGUCGGUAAGGCCAAUUGCCAAAUACAUUUUUGUCAGGAGGAACAUUUUAAUUACCACGGAGUCUGCUUAUGUAAGGAGAUAAAAAUACCCAAGUAAACAUGUGCUAAAGUCCUUGUACUUCAUGUGAACAUUAAAAUAAAACAGAGAAACAUUCCUGCUACCAAAGCCUACCACUGAUGUUUUAUUGUGCUUUUAAUACAGUGGUACCUUGGGUUAAGUACUUAAUUCGUUCUGGAGGUCUGUACUUAACCUGAAACUGUUCUUAACCUGAAGCACCACUUUAGCUAAUGGGGCCUCCUGCUGCUGCUGCGCCGCUAGAGCACAAUUUCUGUUCUCAUCCUGAAGCAAAGUUCUUAACCUGAAGCACUAUUUAUGGGUUAGCGGAGUGUGUAACCUGAAGUGUAUGUAACUUGAAGCGAAUGUAACCCGAGGUGCCACUGUAUUCUGUUAGAAGCCACCCAGAGUGACUGGGGGGGCCCGGCCAGAUGGAGGGGGUAUAAGUAAUGAAUUAUUAUUAUUAUUAACCACAUGAUUAUUUAUUCUUCUGUUCAUUGUUAACAAAAACAGAAGUUGGAUGUGAACAAAAAGCCUCCAUCUGAAAAUUCGUCUACUUCUAAAAGCACAUCCCCAACUCUUACGCCAUCACCGUCACCAUCAGCAUCCCCCAAGGUUCAAAGUGCAGAGUCUUCUCUCUCCUCUUCUCACAGGCAAGGGAAAAGUAGCGGUGGCUCCAGCAGUGGAACUCUCACAGAUGAAGGUAAGCAGUCCCCGGCUACAGCGUCAGCAGGAUCUCACUGGACUGUACUACUUAGAAUGUGAAUUGUGCAUUUGGAUGUCCUCCCGCGUCGAAAACGCUCUGCAAAUAGAAACCAGCACAUAUGGGGCAAGGAACUGCUGCAGCAGAAGGCUUGUCACAGAAACGUGCAAGUUUUCAGUAUAUAGGAGCUGGUUUUUUAAAAUACUGUUUUGCUUUCAAACAUCCUGAAGUAAGUAGGUAGGACUUUCCCAUCCAGCAAAAGGAAGAGAGAGGGGAAGACAGCUAUGCAGUAAUUGCUGUGUGGUUAUCUCCUACUCAUCUAUCCUUUAUGUUAUGUACUGAGUUGAAUAGGAUCCAAAAUGCAGCAGUCUGAUUGGUCCUAGAACAAUAGGAUUCAGAAUGCAGCCGUCUGAUUGGUCCUAGAACAAUAGGAUUCAGAAUGCAGCAGUCUGAUUGGUCCUAGCACAGUAGGAUCCAGAAUGCAGCAGUCCGAUUGGUCCACAGGAGCCACCCAAUCCAGCUCCAAGUGGAAAUGAAUCCACAACCUGAUUGGCCUACAGGAGAAUCCCGGAAUUUGCCAAUCACGUGGGGCCCAUUGUGUAAAUAAUGUAAAUAAAGCGGACAUUCUGGGGGAACUUCCAUUCCUCCUCACCGCUAUGAGCUGAAUAAAGAGCAUGAAAUCCACUUUAUUUCACUUUACCUCUCAGAAAGCCUAGUUUAGCUCUGAAAGAACUGGGGCAGUGCUGCUACAGACUUGGAGAACAAUCACCCUCCCUGGCUCUUAGCUGUGACACCCUACUGCCUUUCCCAAAAGUGUUAGUACUUGGAGCAGGCCCCAGUAAUUUCAGGGGUAAACUAAAAUCUUCAGACUGGCCUUUCUUCUAUAAAUACUCUGUUUAUGUGUAUGUAUGAGAAAGGGCAAUCACAAGACCUAUAAUGCUCUCCAUUGCAUAGAAGGUUUUGCAUGGCUGAAUAUUUUCAGGGUUACAGGAAAAGUUCAGGGACAAAUCGCUGUUCAGACUACUCAAUAUGAUCUUUGCAUCUGCAUGAUUAGUUCGAAAUAUCGAUAAAGAUAUGUAUUCCUCUGCCCUUUGUCAAAAUGAUUAAAAUUAUUUCCUUUCUUUAUUUAAAGAUGAACUCACAGGCAUCCUUAAAAAACUCUCACUGGAGAAGUAUCAGCCUAUUUUUGAAGAGCAGGAGGUAAAGUUUUGUAUAAACUUUUUAUUUGUUCUUUUCCUUAAUGCUUUCUGUGAGGCUGGCUGAAACUUUCAAAUCAUGAAGAAUCAUUAGGCCAUGGAGGCCAAUAAGGAAAUUUAUUUACAGAAUGAUCUCAGAUUUUUAUUAUCUGGCUUUUCAGAAACAGUGUUCUUAAAAGGGAACACAGAGCAGCCACCAACAAUGCAAGGCUGCGUUUUUGAAUAUUUAUUUGUUAAGAAUACUUAUAUCUUCCUUAUAGCCCAGAGAAGCUUUUAAAGCAGCUUAGAAGAGAUUCUCAAAAUGGAAUCGCACUCAAAUUUGGUAUAAGAACAAAAAUUACAUCAUGACCGUAUGAAACCAGGAUUAUUCAGUCUCUUCUCUUAGUUUCAUUGAUUAGGGCCUGUCAUUUUAGGGGGUAAAACUUAAUUUUUGCAAAUUUCUUCAGUAAGGGAGUUUAAAAAUAUGUUUUUCGGUGUGAGGAAUUCAAAUCUGCUAUUAUUUUUGUGAUUGGACAACUAGGCCUCCUGAGAGGUAAAGGACAAUAAUAUCAUUGGCAGUCUCCAUAUUCCACAGCUUCAACAGCAAAAGCAAACCACCCAGUAUUUCUGGUCCAGCUAUCUUUGGUUACGCUCCAUUUUCACCACAUAGCAAAGGGAAGUGGCUUUUCAAAACUUACAUAAAGAAUUACACCCAUUUGCUUGAGUGACUUCUAUUGACUGUAAGUGAUAUUUCAUGAGCAUAAAGGAGGAAAAUAUAAUAUAUAUAUUCUGGGUCAGUGCCCCCAAUAUGAAAGUGCAAAAGCUUUGGGCAUAAGUUGCUUUCUGCCUUUGAGCUCAGAUAGAAUAGCAAUUUAGUGUUCAUUUAAGCAUAUUCCACUGCUGUGUAAACCUUUUAGAAUUACUUAGAAAUACAGUUGUGUUUUGCUAUUUUGCCUGCUGCUGCAGUUGUGAUAUCUUUUCAUGCAAAUCUUGAAAGCUAGUCAAAAGUAGAACCUGUUCUCUAACUAUUUCAGUGAGCCACAGACAUGCAAUGGCGUUUAAACAUUCAGUCAAUAUAACUUUUUGAUGUAUGUUCCUAGUUUUUAAGUGUCUUGAUACAAAUGGCAGAAACGUAUUGACCGUAGGGACUUAGAAAGCUGCCUUAUAUUGAGUCAGACCAGAUGUAUUUCCAAGGUUUGACGGCUCAUAACACCUGAUUGGCUCUCUAAACACUCAUGCUCAUUGGCUACAUUGUAGGAAAGCUACUGCAUAUAUCAACCUAAGCAAGUUUUGCUUUCUUUUUCUGGUUAUUUGGCUAUAAAUUUUGAUAGAAUACAGAUAAUUGAACCAACUUUGUUGCAUUACAUUCUUCAUUAAAUUAUCUUUCCAUUGAUGUAUAAUUUUAUGGUGUUACUAAAAAUAAAAAAUGGUUUCCACAAUUUUGGCCACUAGUGUAGAUAAUAAUAGUGAUAUAGUGCUUUAGGGUGUUUAAAGUAUUUCACAUACAUUAUCCAUGACCCUUAUAAUAUCUCUGUAACAGGGUUAUUAACUCCGGCUGAGGCCUAGAAUGACUUCCAUGAAGCCACCUAUGUAAUGAAUAGCAGAGACAAGUUUUGAUCCAGAGAUUCCUUUGCUAUUUUGCAAGGUCUUCAGACUAACACUUCACACAGUGCUAAAAUUAGUAGCAGCAGUUCCUCAGACUGUUAAGGGGACUUAGGUCUUGCUGGAGCCAAAAUGGAGAGUGUAAAAUGCUCUCUCUGCCUCUUAGCUCAGUGUCUCCUUCAUAAAUUAGAAGAGAGAAAAUGCAUUUACACAUUUCUGUUUCGCAGGUGGAUAUGGAGGCUUUUCUCACCCUCACAGAUGGUGAUUUGAAGGAACUGGGAAUUAAAACUGAUGGUUCUCGACAACAAAUUCUGGCAGCUAUUUCAGAGCUGAAUGCAGGAAAGGUAUUUCAGAAUAUAUUUUACUUUCAAAGUGUUGUUUUUCUCUGCUUUUAAGAAUUUGAUUUUUCAACAUCUGAUAGAGAGUGCUCAGAGAAGAGGAUGUUGGCUUCAGGACUGCACAGCUCCUUUUCUUUAACACCAAAGAGUUUUGCCCUAGUGGGCUGGCUCAGAAGAACUUUACAGUUCUUCUGACUCCAGCCUUCAAUGCCAACCGUUUGUAUAUUACUGGGGGUAGUUUGGCAUAUUGGAAAUCCAGAUUUGAAACUUCUGCAGUGUUUCAAGGCUCAUUACUAUUUGGGCAGGGCCAGUUACAGAAGUCCUUGCCACCCAGUCAUUACUCUCAGUUCCUGCUGGGCAACAAGUAUAAGGAAAGUGUUCUCUCCAGGUCAACAGUUUCCCUAUUAACAUGAUUCUGCCACUGCAGAACAAGAUUGUUGUUGUUUAGAUUUUUCCAAAGGAGAACUGGGUAGCAAACACCAACGCGAUACAAAACAUUUGAAAGCAGUUAAUUAUCCCUGCAGGUAAAUUAUUGAAGGUUGUCUAAAACAGCAUCUUUCAGCCAUCAAGUGCAUGGAUGAGUAUGAAUGCUUUAAAAUUCUGCCAAAAUGUUACUAUAGAGGGUAGCAGAUGCAUCACAGUAUAAUAUAUAACCAGUGGGCUGUGUUUAGCUUGCUGGGUCACAAGGUUGUACAGUCCCAAACCAGAGUACCUUGUGCCGGAAGCAGACUGGAGCAAACAAGGUUAUUUCAUUGACACCAUUACCAGCAAACAUGAUCACCUUUCCUGGCAUGUGUUCCUAAAGAACCAAGCUGAAGUUUCUCUUACUAAUGAUUGCAUUGAUAGAUUUAAACAUGGACUAUGCAUUUGGUUCUUGCUCUAACUAUGGUUUUCAACAGGGCCGCGAAAGAAAAAUUUUACAGGAGACCAUACACAACUUUCACUCUUCGUUUGAAAGCAGUGUUAGCAACACUAGCCCUGGAAAACCUCAGUGUAAGUAUAGGAUGGUGGUUUAUUUAUCUGCUAUAUAUUUCGGAAAGUUGUUUGCCUGUUUGCUCUGCAUUUGGACACCUCUUACGAUAUCAUAACCAAAUUUUGCAUGAUGGUUCUUGAGAUGAAGGAACAGUUUUCUUCUAUGUUAGGGUUCAGUUAGACACCAUUUUGAAUCAAGAUGGUGGACUGAACCUUUCAAAACUACAGAUUAUUAUUAUUUUGUUUCUUACAAUUCCUGAUCAACACUGGGGAUGAAGCUGAUAGUUACUAAUAAAACAGUAUUUGAGAGACCUGACUCCUGGCCCUCUUGAAACUGAAUCUAGAGCUGAAGAUGGGUUUAAAUUUGAAAUCCUGAACACAAAUUUGAAAUCCAGAACACAUCUUUAUCCAGAACACAUAGGUCAAAUUUCAUGCCAAUAGCUCAUUUUCAAACGAAAUUGUGCUUUGAGUUGGGUUUUACAUAUUUGCUACUCUCCUUGAAAACAGGUGUGAUCAUGAUGGGGUUUGUCUUUGAAAGACAGCCCCGUAUGUGCAAACUUCCAUCUGAUAACUCACUCUUCAAAGGAGAUAUUACAUAGCAUUAUAUCUUAUAUAUUUCCUGUCUCCCUUGCAAAUAGGGGGAAUUUCUGUAAUUGGAUAGGGGACCAUGUGUUGAGAUUUCUGCAUUGCAGGAGGUUGAACUAGAUGACACUUAGGGUCCCUUCCAGCUCUACAAUUCUGUGAUUGAAAUUGAAUGAAUUAAAAACCAGAAAACAUCAUGGACAGAUAAAUUCUUAUCAAGGGAGAGUUCAAUGGCUUGGUUAAUCCCCCCCAUGGUCAUCUUUAAGGGGAAUAAGAAAAAAAGUCAUUAAAAAAAAAUUAUAACCAGGAAAUAUUACUGAUAUAUGGAGAUACAGUACGAUCACAUCUUACGUGACAGUUGACUUCCAAGGCUUCCACAUAUACAUGAAACCCCAUAUACUCAAACCUUCCCUUUGGAACCAUCCCCAUGCCAGCAUCCCUAACAUUCCAGAUCUGGCAUACUGUGGGGUUUGCUGUUUUGGGGCUGGCUGAGCAGUUCAACGAAGUCUCGAUGCCCCUCUGGCUCAUGUGAUCCAGAACGGUAUCGGGGCUUGCUCAGCUGAACAGUUUAAGGAAGCCCCGUGCCCCUCUGGCAUGUGUGAGUCAGAGCGGUAUGGGGACUUGCUCAGUAGGGCUGGGAAAUGUAUCUCGGCUGCUUGUUCCUCCACUAAGGUGGGGAGGAAGAAGCAGCUGAGAUACAUUCCAGACAUACCAGCAUAUCACAGUAUUUAGCUGCUGAUAUAUCACAAUGUUGAAAACCAGGUAUUGCCCAUCCUUAAUGGCCAAACGUAUAGAGAACAGACAGGUGGACAGACAAACCACUUUCCAAAAUAUAUUUGUAAAUAUUUGUUUUAAAUCUAGCACUUCGUGCAUAAAUCUAGCAGCUUAUGCAUUUUAAAACAAAACAAUUAAUGAUGAAUUCCUUUCUAUUUGCAGCACCUGGAUGCUGGGUGAGGCCACAAGAACCUUCUCCUACUAAGAGGUAGCUUUUGAACCAAGGUGUCCCACUACCUCGCCACAGUGCCCUGAAGAAAAAGUAUCAUGUGUACCUGGUACAGCAACAUCUUUUCGCAGAAUGCACAGGAAGGAUUGUUUGUUAACAACUUAAAAAACCCUUCAUUCUGCUAAGUAGCUGUUCCCAAAGCCGAAACUACACAUUAGGUAGUUUGAUACUUUGAAGGCCGUGAAAGACUUUCAGAAGUGAACUGUAAUGCAAGAACAUGUAUGGGUCAUUUCACAGAAGUGCAAGAAUGAGAAUCUGAACCAAACCCCUGUGGCUUCAGCAAAAAAAAAAAGUGUGUUGAGGAAGGACACAACGAAGUAACUUCAACUCACUGGAGUCUGCCAUAGUCACCUGAGACUUGACUGUGCAUAUUGUGAUAAUGCAGGCAUCUAAAUUUAAAAGAAACUGCAAGUGUUUUGUAAGGAGUCAAGUGCAGUGACGUGUGCCCAAGGCGUGUUUUUGUGAAGCACCAAACACAAUUUGUAUUGAUGAACAUUCAAAUAAGAUUUUUUUUUUCUAACUAAAGAAAACUUAUGAUUUG